AGACAACUAUUAAUUCAAUGACUUCUGGCAUUCAAUUGAAUAAUCAGUGAAUGAAUGCAAUCAACAAAAGUAGACAUGAAUUGGCGUUUCAUUGAAAACAGUAUUUAUUGUAUUUCAUGAUUCAUGACACAUAAACAGCUGUCUGUCAGUGAAGCACGUGUUCACAUACUUCACACAAACACUUCACUGACCACUACUUACCACACGGUUUGCCACCAAUUGAUCCAAUCAUACAUAGUAUCCUAAGAUCAUAGACUUGUUAUUCGUAUAAUUAUCUUCGCAAAUAUUGUCAUUUGAUUACUUUUGACAGUUAGUGGUGCCAGUUUUGAAUAGAUCAUCAAAAGUGACGAAAUGCCCAAAAGAAGUGCUAAAGAGACGAAUGGUUUGAAGAAAAGGUUGAAAAACAAUGUCGAAGAAGAGGAUAAUGGCGGCGAAAGUAAGUCAGAGACCGAAGCGGAAGAAUGCAGUCGUUUAUCUUCUUUGGGCUCCAAAUUCAAUGUGAAGAUAAUGUGUUGGAAUGUCAGUGGCCUUCGAGCCCUUCUCAAGAAGGAUGGCUUCAAGUCUCUGGAGAGAGAAGACGCGGAUAUUGUUUGUCUACAAGAAGUGAAAUGUCAGAAGAAAGACAUCCCCGAAGAGAUCAAUGUUUGGGCCAAAUAUCGGCACAAAUAUUACUGUUUGGGCGAAACGAAGGGCUAUUCAGGCGUUUGUAUCUUCAGUAAAGAGAAACCAUUGGAAGUGAAGAAUGGAAUCGGUUUCAAAGAACACGACUCCGAGGGUCGGGUCAUAACCGCAGAGUUCGAGGCCUUCUAUUUAGUGGCCGCUUAUGUGCCAAACUCUGGCAGAGGACUCGUCCGACUCGACUAUCGCCAGAAGUGGAACACAGACUUCGAGGAAUACCUGCACGGAUUGGAUCAGAAGAAACCAGUCAUUCUUUGCGGUGAUUUGAAUGUCUCGCACAAAGAGAUCGAUUUAGAGAAUCCAAAGACAAACACAAAGACCGCAGGAUUUACUCCACAGGAGAGAGAAGACUUCACGAGAUUGUUGUCCAAAGGGUUUGUCGACUCUUUCAGACACUUCUACCCCAACGACAAGAAGUGCUACACGUAUUGGAGUUAUAUGAGGAACGCGAGGGACAAAGACAUCGGUUGGCGACUCGACUACUUCGUGGUCUCCAACCAACUCAUGGCCAACAUCUGCGACAACCAAAUCAGGAAACGAGUGCUCGGAUCAGAUCACUGCCCGAUCGUCCUCUACCUCGCCGUCUAAAGCGUGACCAUAGGAUCUCUGCACUCAUGAUCUCAUCCAUUGAUUGUAUUUUAUGAACCCUUUAACCAAUAAAUGAUUUCAUUGUAUAAUUCAA